AUGUCUCGUCGUGAUGUCACUUUUACCACCUAUGAUGGUGUGAAGUUGGCCGGCACUGUAUAUAGUGCUGGCGAGAAACGACCUUCAAUUGUCAUGACCCAAGGGUUUUCCGGACUGAGAAAUCAGUUUCUUCCCGACUUUGCCGAGCGAUUCGUUGCCGAGGGGUUCACCACGUUCACUUAUGACAACCGCUGCUGGGGCGAUAGCGAGGGUACACCGCGAAACAAUGUCGAUCCAAUUCUGCAAACGCGUGAUUACUACGAUGCUUUCAACUAUGUGAAAACGUUGCCAGAUGUUGACCCAGAAAAUAUCAUAUACUGGGGCAGCAGCAUGUCCGGCGGCAACGCCAUCGUCGCUGCAGCAGUCAACAAAUCUGUCAGGGCGGUCAUUGUCCAAGUUCCAUUUGUGACGGGGGAGGUCCUCAGCACCCCAGCUGCACUCUUCUGUGACAUCCUGCUUGAGGAUCGAGCCAACGUUGCUAGCGGCAAGCAUGCGAUUAUGGCUCCCGUCAUGCCCGAAUCUGAGGAAGAAGCUUUGAGCGGCAAGAGCGAAUCCAUGCUGAAUGAUGUUAAUGCUGUGCAGUUCAUAAAGGAGAUGGAAAGAAGAGGAUAUGCGUAUGAGAAGAUGGCCACUUUGCAGACCUUUUUCCAUGCAAUUGGCCAUGAACCCCGGGUGGCUAUCAAGCGCAUUACUCCUCGCCCUAUCCUCUUCGUGAUUGCUGAACAUGAUUCAACCAUUCCAUCUGAUACACAGCUGCAGGUUUACAAUGAGGCACCAGAACCCAAGAGGCUUCAUAUUAUAAAAGGUGCCGGUCAUUUCGAUCCGUACUAUGACGCACCAUUUGAGGAGAACAUCAAAGUACAGCUCGAUUUUCUCAAGGAAUUCUUCUAG